CUGUUCCACAUUCUAAUCCCAUCACACUCUGCUCCACCUCAACACAUCCAACCACGCCAGGCCCCCGGAGCCCAUACUCUCCUCCAACUUAAACUAGCUACCUCUUCGCACUCCACUGGGAGACUUCUUCAUCCAUACAGGAAUAUUACUUGAAGAGCGUCAAGAAGAUGGAUAAACUGGUGUGAGAUUGUUGGCCAGUGGAAGCUAUAUUUUACUUCUCUCUCUCAAGAAGUCAGCACCACACAUGGAUGGGAUGUUGCGUCUCACUUGACUGCAGGAUUUACUUUGUGGAACAAAGAGUGUACACACUCCUUGUGCACAAUCUGCUGUAGCAGCUCAUUUGUUUGGUGAUGUCAUCUGACUCCAGAAUUUAUAGGUGGAUUCUAACUGUGUAAAACCAAAAACAAUGACUGAGGCAGUUGAAGUUCGAUCGUUCACGACCACAAUGGUGAUUGACGCUCGGGGUGGGGAGGGCUCCUCACGCGCGGCCCCCAAGAAGACCUUCAUGGAUCAUUUCUACGCCACCUUCAGCUCCCCCAUAGCCUGGGUGCUGGUGCUGGCCCUCGUCAUCACCUGGUCCUGUGUUUUCGUCAUCAUCUUUGACAUGAUGGAUUAUAAAACACUUUCAGGUCCCCCUCCUGCUGUCAGGAAAACCUUAAAGGAUACAGAGCGUAGAGGAGGCCUGACCAAGCUGGGCUCUGACCCCAUGAAGGCAGUCAACGACGCAGUAGAAGGUUCCUCCAGCGUUUUGACCUCAAUAUUCAGCUUUGCUGCUAACCUCAUUGCUCCUGAUGAGGAUGAAGGAAAUCUAUAUGCAGUGAGGAAAAAAGGAGAAUUUUUACCAUCCCGAAGUAAAGUUGUAGGGAUGCAAGCUAACCAACGACCAGCAAUUGAAAUAGUGGAAUCAGGAGAGGAAGAGGAGGAUGCAGCUGAAGCAGGAGGAGAAGAAAAAGAAGAAGGAGAGGAGGAGGUUGAUACCGUAGCUGCUGAUGGAGGAGAAAAAGAGGAGGAACAGGCAGAGGUUGAAGAAGAGGAGGUGGAGGAAGAGGAAGAGAUAGAAGAUUAUUACGAGGACGAGUAUGAGGAUUAUUACGACGAGGAGGAGUAUUAUGAUGAGGAGGAGUAUUAUGAUGAGGAUGAGGAGGUGGACUAUGAUGAAGAGGAAGAACUGGAAGAGGAGGAGGAUGGCCAGGAUGAGGGAGAACUGAAGGAGGAGGAGGAGCAGGUCGAGGAGGAAGAACUAGAGGAGGAGGAUGGACAGGAGGCGGGAGUACUGGAGGAGGAGGAGGAUGGCCAGGAGGCGGAGGAGGAGGAGGAAAAACUGGAGGAGGAGGAGGAUGGCCAGGAGGAGGGAGAACUGGAGGAGGAGGAGGAGGAGGAGAAGGAGGAAAAACUGGAGGAGGCAGGAGAAAUGGAGGAGGAGAAGGAUGGCCAGGAGGAGGGAGAACUGGAGGAGGAGGAGGAGGAGGAGGAUGGCCAGGGGGAGGGAGAACUUGAGGAGGAAGAGGAGGAAACAACAGCUGAACUAGAACAGGCCACUGACACUGGCAAUCAUGAAGAGGACCUGGAUGAAGAGGAAGAGCAGGAAGAGGUGAAUGACAAUGGUGACAAUGACGAUGUCGGGGUUGACGAAGAGGAAGGGGGGGAGGAGUCUGCUGCUGAAAACACUGAUGCUGCUGAGGAGGAGGAUGAUGGUGAUGAUGAUGAUGAAGAACAGGAAGAAGGCGAUGUAGAAGGAGUUCAGGCAGAAGAUGAAGAGGGGGAGGAGUCUGCUGCUGACGACUCUGAGGCAGCUGAGGUAGAGGGUGAUGGUGAAUAUGAUGAUGAUGAUGAUGAAGAAAAGGAAGAAGGCGAUGUAGAAGGAGUUCAGGCAGCAGACAAAGAGGGGGGCGAGGAGGAGUCUGCUGCUGACGACUCUGGGUCUGCUGUUUCCGUGGAAGAUAAUGAUGAAGAUUACAGACAACAGGAUGAGGGUGUAGAGGAAGAGGAGGAAACAGCCAAAGCAGACACAGAUAGUGAAAAUGAGAGUGAUGAUGUUGAUGAUUUUUACACUGCUCUUGAAGACCAUGAAGAGGAGGUCGGGACCACUGAACAAAGUAGGGUUGACUACUACGACGAUGAUGAUGAUGAUGAUGAUGAAACAGCAGAAGAAGAAGACGACCUUGCAGAAGAGGACAAGGAGUUAGAGGAGGAUAACGAUUCUUCCUCAGUCACACCCCCGGUUCCUGACUUUAAAGAUGAUGAUGAUGAUGAUGAGGAUGAUGAAUAUGAAACAGAAACGGAUGAAGACUCCCCAAGCAAUGGGGAGGAGGAUACCAGUGAUGACAUUCCAACAUCUGAUGAAGAGCAGGAAGCAGCUGCCCUUGCCGUGGACGAGCAGACGGCCUCAGACAGCGAUGUUGAAACCGCACCGACGUCCACAGACGCUAAUUCAGCUGACGAUGACGAAGCUGAUGGAGACAGUGACACCACAGAUCAGUCUCUACCUGUCUCCAGUGCGGAGGGGGAUGAAGAGGAUUCCUCAGAGGACACUAUAUCUGUCGCUACUUCAGAUAAUUUUGCAGAUGAUGAGGAUGAUGAUGAAGAGGAUCCCAUGGAUGAGGACCAACUCAAGAGCGGAUCUGUUGACCUUGACGUUCUUGAAGUUCCCCACACCAGUGAUAUUGAUGUAGAACUUGAAGCAGAGCAUCACUCCAUUGAAGACAUUUACGGGGAAACAUUUUGGUUGGCCGAGAGUGAGGACAGCGGAGUACUGGGUGACGAUGAGGAUGGCGAUGAUGAUGAUGAUGAUGAUGAUGAUGAUGACUUUUAUAAAAUAGAUGAAGAAUCAUUAUGGGAGACUGUGUCCAGUUCUGAGGACUACAAUGACUCAUACAAAGAGGAGGAGGAAGAUGAGGAUGAGGAACUAGGUACCAUACCAUUUGAGUUCAGCAUUGAUCCUGAGGAUGACAAAGUGGAAGAUGUUUUAGGAGAGGAAAGGCUUGCACACUCCCAUGAUGACAAGCUUGAUGCUAGUUUGUUCGAGUACCAGGAUGACCUCCAGGAUGAUGUUGACAUCAACAAAGAAGAAGACGGUUUCCCCUCGGACCCUCCGGCCGGAGCUGCGCCAGAAGAUGACAACAAAGAUGAUGAGGAUGAGGAUGAGGAUGAGGCUGAGGCUGAUGGUGACGUUGAUCCUGUUCACCAUGACUUUGAUGACUCCGUGCUAUUAGUCCAACAGGAAGCAGUAGGAAGUGGGACAGGACCUCCAGAAGAAGAGGAUGACAUAGAGAAGGAGGGAGGCACUGAGGGGGACGAUGGAGACAAGAGUGGAGAGGUUGAUGCAGAGGAGAUUAUUGAAGAUCUAGGAGAGACAGACCAACCUACUGUCACCAUGAAAACCACGGAAGAAACUGAAGAGAAAACCGAGAGAGAAGAUGGGGCUGAUGAUGAUGAUGAUGAUGAUGACAAAGCCAAGGUCAAUGUCAUGAAACCGGUUGGUGAGCCUGAGGAAAGUGCAGCCCAGCCAGAAGCCACAGUGUGCCCCUGCAUGCUUUGUUCCAAGACUACGGAUACAGCUGCAGAGGCAGUAGAGAAAACAGAGCCGCCAAAAAAAGCUUCUAUUGGGAAACCAAGGAGAAAAGUGCGUGAAUCCAGGAAGACAGAAGAGACGCCAAAAAGGAAAGCUUUUCCUCGCAAUGCAGAGCUAGAGGAGAAGAUCAGGAGAGUGAGGAAGGUCCCUGGACUUUUAAGAGGCAAAAAAGUGGAGAAGCCCAGGACCGUGAGGAAAGAAAAAGAACAACCAAAGCAGGAAGUGCCAGAAUCUGGACCAGAAGUUGGCCCUUGCCGCCCAUCUCCGGUCUACUGCCCCACACCUCCAGGCUGGUUUGUUCAUCACGUUGUGACGGACAACCCUUAUCCCCCCCCAACCCUGACAGGCCUGCCGGACAAGUUACUCGGACAAGUGGCCCCAUCAGCCCCUGUUCUGACAGUGCAUCCUGCCUAUCAAGGCGCUCCACCUCUCUACCAACCACAGCAGCAUCAGCAGCAGCCUAUGCCACAUUUCUACCCGCACUACCACCCAUACAUGCAGCCCCAGACUCAACCUGCACAACCACCAGUGGACGCUACUCCGCCGGUCCAUCAAGCUGACCCAGCCCCAACGGUCCAACAAGCUGACUCAGGCCCAACGGUCCAACAAGCUGACUCAGGCCCAACGGUACAACAAGCUGACCCAGCCCCAACGGUCCAACAAGCUGACUCAGGCCCAACGGUCAAGCAUGACUCAGCCCCAAUAGUCCAACAAGCCGACCUAGCCCCAAUGGUCCAACAGGCUGACUCAGCCCAAGACUCAGCUCAAGUCCAACUUGAUGCAGCUGAUCUCCCAGAACAGGCUGUGGCAGCCCAGCCUCAAGAUUAUGAUGCUUCCAAAAACAUGACCAUAGCAGGCGCUGUGAAGAAAGGUGAAAGAAAGGAGUCUUCUGUUGCAACCAAAGCAGCCAAAAUGAAAGCUAAAAAAGAUGCUGUUAAGAAAACAGCUGCUUCAAAGAAAGAACCAUCUUUUGUCAAAAGGAAAGCCAAGGUCACUGUGUCUGGGAAAGAUGGUGGAUCGGAGGUCCACCCUAUCCGGCCCAGAGUCAGCACUCCAGGGGCGGGGGGGAAUGUCACUGUGACCCCCAGGCCUGCCACUCAAACCAACACAAGAUCGAAAGCCGCCAUAGAAAGGCCAAAAAAUUCCAAAGAUAUACUGCUGGCCAAGUCAGCUCAGACCUGCAAAGCCAAAAAAGGAAAGAACUCUGAAAAAGUUGACGCUAACGGCAAACUGAAGCCUGAACCCAAAACGGAAGACAACACAACGGACAAGAAGAAAACAGGUCAAAGAUACUUCCAGUGCAUCUACGUGCCAGGUAAAGGAGCGCAGUACCCUCUGCGCCCCGGAAUGAGCCCGGCCAUGAACCCGGCCAUGAUGUCCCCGGCCAUCAGGUCCAUGCUGGAGCAGCAGAGGGCCCCAAGGGCCGCAGGUCAAUAGGUACACGGGGGACCUUCUCAUUUCUUGAGUCCUUUCAUCCGAUGGAUAACCCUACUUUGAGGUACUUGAGGAGUCCUGCGGAGACGAGCAAGGGACUGAGUGGAAGUGAGCUGUAGAGUUCAGCACAACCCACUGGUCGAGCCCUUGGAAGAUUCAUUGCUCUCCUGCUCCUACUUAGCAUGUGUAUGUUUUUAGUGUUUGUUUAUUGAAUUUUGUCAAUAGUUCAAAGUAUGUCAGUAGUUCAAAGGACGUGUUGGGAACCAUCUUUACCUUCGAAGGCCAUCAUGUAUGAAAUCAGGGUGAUAUAGGUUGAUAUCAAUGUUUACACACAGUCCAUGCUGUAAAUACAGUUUACCUUGUUCAUUAAUCACUAUGCACUAUUCAUACACUAUGUUAUGAGAGUUUAAUUAUAGAUGGGAUUGCUUUGGCAAUACUUAAACAACAACAGCAAUUGGAGCUUAAACAAGUGUGUUUCUGCCAAUGCAUUUUUUUAUCGUAUAAUGUCUUAUAAUUCUAAAAAGCAAUGAUUAAUUAAUAUUAGAAGGGUUUACAAGACUCCACUAUAAAUACUAUUGAUUACUUUAAAAGGGGAACGCAUAUUUCUUGCGACACAUUGCAAAUAAAGUGCUAUCUACUACUCAGUUCUUUGUUACAAUGUUCAUGUCUUUUCGGGGCAUAUCAUUGCAGUAUGCUGUUCUGUCUUCGUCUUGGCUGCUUUGGUGGCAAACAUUAGAAAAGCAUUAUAGUAAGAUGAAAAUGCAAACACGGAUGUAUUGUAUUCCAGAAGAAUCCACUGUUGAACCCCUCUCUCCCACUCUCUGAAGUUGUGUGAAUGUGUGUGUGGGGGGGUAACACCAAUGUGCUCACUCACAUUUAACAUCUCAUACAUUGUUCAAUGAAUUUCGACAAAGAAUGCAGUCUACCAAAAGUUAUCUAUUCACUAUCUCUACUAUUCCAAAUUAAAAAUAUCCAAGUCAGUAAAAAAAGAGCAAAUGCACUAUUCAAUUAUUUUUUACAUAAAAAUUAACAUUACACUUAAUUAUUACGUAAAACCUGCAUUUUUUUUCUUAUUGUUUACGGAGAUAUCAAUAACUGAAAAUGCUUUGGGGGGGGGGGGGUCAAGUUAGCAUGUUUGUGUUUGACAGAGAGGGGGCUGCUGAACAGACACAUUGGGACCAGAAUGUACUGGACUGAACCUGGUCCUGUGCUGUGUGAGGGUGUCUGUACAUUAGGAUGUGACUGAACCUGGUCCUGUUGGGGCCAUCUGUACAUUAGGAUGUGACUGAACCUGGUCCUGUUGGGUGAAGGCGUCUGUACAUUAUGAUGUGGAAGGUUGUGAUCUGAAGUGUUCUCUGAUCUGUGGUUGUCUGCCCCCUUUCUUAUCAACGGCAUCGCACUAGUAUGAGGCCGCCCAGUAGCACAGAGAACAAUGUUAGUGUUCUCUGAGUGUUAGGCUGACAGUAUGCAAGUUGGACUGCUUAAUGUCUUGGUCAUUAAACACACGCGUGCUGUGCACUGAGAGGAAGCUUAGAUCACUAAGACCUGACAGAUUAAUGUUCUGAAUGUCAUAAAUUGUAAAUUUUUCUCUAUACAUAAUUUCCCUUAAUUUACUUAUUGAUUUGUACAUUAUUAUUUUCUUAAUGUUUAAACCCUGAAGCUGUCUGCAGGGUUGUGGCUAGAUGUUUUGCACCCAGUGUGUCAACUCAAAUCGAUCUGGGAACCUUAAAUGAAACAUGAAGGUCUUAAAGAAAGAAACCACAAGACACACCUUGAAGAAGCACUGCUGCUGCUUGAGGACCACAGCUGUCCAGGGUCCCAUUGUUUAAAGAUCAUGCUUUUUUAGGGUUAAUAACUGCAUUUGGGGGUACUACUAUUAGGGAUGGGCAUUUUAAGAAAUGCCAUUGAUUGACCGUCACGUCACACUAUUACGGAAGUAAUGUUUAAGCGCAAACAAGCAGUUUCACGCACUUAUUGAAUGCCGUUGUCGAUGGGGAAAAAAUACUCUCCCUGGUUCGGACUUAGAUUUCUCUAGCUUAAAGGUAGGGUAUGGGAUUUGCGAAAUGCCAGCAGAUUUUGAAAAUACACAACUCAAAUGGUCCUACCCCCUCUACGUCAACGCUGACUCCGACUCAACCCAUUCCAAGUACAUGGACGCGCAAUCAUGCACGAGCGAACACAGAUGCGCGAGAGCGAGCCAUUAGCUAGUUAGCUAGCUCCAGUAGCUACCGCAGGAUAACAACAAACAGAAGCUUGCUCUGCGUACGAGCUUUGAGUACGUGCACGAAGGGGUCGCGCGGGGGAGGGGGAGGGGAGUGCAGUACGACCGUUUGAUUGACGUACUUACUGUCCAAUGCCACUAAGUGGGUUUGGAAAUCAUUGGCUGGAGUUUUUCGAGCCCUGCCCGUUCCACAGAUGAUUGACUUGUUUAAUUUUCAUGUCAGUACUUCUAACUCAGUGGCUGUAAGUGGGUUAUGAUAAGGAUUUCAAGUAAUUUUGCAAAAAUUGCCAAAAAAUAGAAUUCCAUACCCAACCUUUAAUAUAACAGCCUAAAGCAAAGGGAAAAGGCGAAAAAGCAUGAUAUCACCCCUGGGGGACCGGGGUGGUGAUACAGCUGAGGUCAAGUCCACAGGUUACCACACCUAAUAACAAUGAUCACAUGAGUUACUGUCAUCUGUAAUGUUAUUGGUGUUUAUUAACCUGAUCAGCGGAAUAAAAUGAAAAUAAAUAUUAAAUGGUGCUUUGAACAGCCUAUAUUUUUUGCGUUGUCCAGGGAACAUCUGCGGGAUCGCUGAAAUUGACCGUUGAUGUAAAUGUUGGAUUGAAGCGCAUUGAUUUGGACAGAGGUUUCCCGUUAUGGAAAAUAAUGCACCCUUGGAAUGAUAUUGGCCAAUCAGGAGCAAGUGUUCAACAACACUGAAGUAUAAUUACAUCAUAUACUCACAGUGGUGCCUAUGACAAAGCACUAUCAUAAGAAAUACACAUUUAGGAAAGUAUCAUAUUAUUUAGCGACACUUCAAUAACAUAUGUAUUAUUUAAUGUAACAGUGUUGUAUCAUUUGUUGUUGUGUGUGCUCAGUACUAUCUUAAAUAUCAGAUGCCAUGACAUGUUUCUAGUGCUGAAAACACGUCACCGAGCUGAGUCCAGCAUAAAGCAGGAACCAAGGGGGUUUCAUGAUGGGUUAUGGAUUAAGGAGUUGGAACUGAACUUUUUGUGGAAGCGUGGAAUGCACAAAUUAUGUCUCAUGGUUCAUUGAUCAUUUCUUUUCCGUAGAUUAUGUAUUUGCAUGACAUGUAAUGCAUGAGCUUAUAAUUUAAGAACACAAACCAUCCUUCUCUAUUGUUACUUUCAGAUCAAACAGCUAAUAAGUGUAUGCAUGUCAAAAUGUCCUUUAUCACCACAACUUUUUAAGAGUGGUACAUGACUUUAUUUACGCCGAUUACAAAUUUCAAAUGUAAAAUAUGUUAUAAUUUGUAUAUUCUGAAGAAAUUGGUUUAUUCUUAGUAUUUAAAAUUGGUUUUUAAAAACAAAUGUGUAUGUUAGGGUUAUCAUGGAUUAUCAGAGGUAGAGUUGCUGAUGUUACUGGAGAUCUUUGGGAAAGAAAUGCAAUUUCUUUGAUAAGCAAAUGUGAUAACAAAUGUUAUGUGAAAAAUCUACAUGAAGACACUCAGAUUGUAGCCGGUGUGUAGCAAGUCAAAUAAAGCAAUACAAACUC